GGUUUGAAAGAUAUAAAAAUAAAGAUUUGCACAAAAAUGGAAGGAGCUAGAGAGAGAACUUUCAUCAUGAUCAAGCCAGAUGGUGUCCAAAGAGGACUCGUUGGAGAAAUCGUUGCUAGAUUGGAGAAGAAGGGAUACAAACUCAUCGCCAUGAAAUUCGUCAACGCCUCCAAAGAACAUGUUGAAGCUCACUACGAAGACCACAGAGGAAAGAAAUUCUUCGACCCUCUCGUUGAGUACAUCACCUCCGGACCAGUUGUGCCAAUGGUUUGGGAAGGAACCAACAUCAUUGAGGGAUCCAGAAGCAUCAUUGGAGCCACCAACCCAACAACUGCUACUCCAGGAACCAUCAGAGGAGACCUCUGCAUUGAAGUAGGAAGAAACCUCAUUCACGGAUCCGACUUAGUCGAGAGCGCUACCAAGGAAAUCGCUCACUGGUUCAAGGAGGACGAACUCGCCACUUACUCUCAUGUUGCUGAUCCAUGGAUCUACGAAUAAGCUCUAAUCUUUAUUUGUAAAAGGACAAAUCACAUA